GCAAAUAUGAAAAUCUACUAGAUGAUGUAGCUUUGCCAAAGACUUCGAAGCUAAGCAAAAAAUGAGCUUAACAUCCUGGUUUUUGGUGAGCAGUGGAGGCACUCGCCACAGGCUGCCACGGGAAAUGAUUUUUGUUGGGAGAGAAGACUGUGAGCUCAUGUUGCAGUCUCGUAGUGUGGACAAGCAGCACGCUGUCAUCAAUUACGAUGCCUCCGCGGAUGAACAUCUGGUCAAAGACCUGGGCAGCCUAAACGGGACUUUUGUGAAUGAUGUAAGGAUUCCAGAACAGACUUAUAUCACCUUGAAACUUGAAGAUAAGCUGAGAUUUGGAUAUGAUACAAAUCUUUUCACUGUAGUACGAGGAGAGAUGAGGGUCCCUGAAGAAGCUCUAAAGCAUGAGAAGUUUACCAUUCAGCUCCAAUUGUCCCAAAAAUCUUCAGAACCAGAAUCAUCCAAAUCUGCUUGUGCCAAAAGCGUGGAUUCAAAGGUGGCAGAUCCUCCACCAGAAGCUCAGCACAAAGCCACCGAGGCCCUGAAGGCUGAGGAGAAGGCCCUGGAUACUUCUGCCAUGCCCCGCGGUACUCCAUUAUAUGGGCAGCCUUCAUGGUGGGGCGAUGAUGAGGUGGACGAAAAAAGAGCUUUCAAGUCAAAUGGCAAACCAGAAGAAAAAAAUCAUGAAACUGGAACCUCAGGGUGCAGCUUAGAUGCCAAGCAAGUGGAGGAACAGUCUGCAGCGGCAAAUGAAGAAGUACUUUUUCCUUUAUGUAGGGAACCGAGUUAUUUUGAAAUCCCUACAAAAGAGUUCCAGCAGCCGUCACAAAUCACAGAAAGCACUAUCCAUGAAAUCCCAACAAAAGACACACCGAGCUCCCAUACCACAGGUGCAGGGCAUGCCUCCUUUACCAUUGAAUUUGAUGACAGUGCCCCAGGGAAGGUAACGAUUAGAGACCAUGUGACAAAAUUUACUUCUGAGCAGCGCCACAAGUCCAGGAAGUCGUCUUUGGGAACUCAAGACCUGCCGGGGAUCCAGACUGGAAUGAUGGCCCCAGAAAACAAAGUCGCCGACUGGCUAGCUCAGAACAACCCUCCUCAGAUGGUCUGGGAGAGAACCGAAGACGAUUCCAAAAGUAUUAAGAGUGAUGUGCCCGUUUACUUGAAAAGGUUGAAAGGAAAUAAACACGAUGAUGGUACCCAGAGCGAUUCCGAAAACGCUGGGGCGCACAGGCGCUGUAGCAAACGGGCCACGCUGGAGGAGCACCUAAGGCGCCACCACUCGGAACAGAAGAAGCUGCAGAAGGCCCUGGCCGCGGACAAGCACCAGGACCCGGCAGUCACUAGCUCUGCGCACCGCAGAGGGGGGCAUGGUGUUCCACAUGGGAAAUUGUUAAAGCAGAAAUCAGAGGAGCCCGCCGUGCCUGUCCCCUUCCUACCAGCUGCCUUGUUAAGAAGUUCAGGGAGUCUUGGGCACAGACCGAGCCAGGAGAUGGAUAAAAUGUUAAAAAACCAAGCUCCCUCUGCUACCUCUGAAAAGGAUAAUGAUGAUGACCAAAGUGACAAGGGUACUUAUACCAUUGAGUUAGAGAAUCCCAACAGUGAGGAAGUGGAAGCAAGAAAAAUGAUUGACAAGGUGUUUGGAGUGGAUGACAGUCAGGAUUAUAACAGGCCUGUUAUCAAUGAGAAGCAGAAAGACCUGAUAAAAGACUGGGCUCUCGGUUCGGCCGCAGUGAUGAUGGAGGAGAGGAAACCGCUGGGCACACCUGGCUUUCACAACGCGGAGGAAGGCACGGCUGCAUCUGGAAGCAAGCGCUGGGUUUCACAGUGGGCCAGUCUGGCUGCCAACCACACGAGGCAUGACCCAGAAGAAAGGACCGUGGAGUUGUCUGUCCCUGUUCCUUUAGAGAAUGAUGCAGAUUUCAGUGAGUCUGGCAUUUCCGUGAGAAGCAGCGGCUCCGCAGCCUCCCUGGCUGGUCAUGGAGAGAGGAGGCGGCGGACCCUGCCCCAGCUACCCAACGAGGAAAAGGCUCUUGAGAGCUCCCGAGCCAAGGCCCUGACGCCGAGGUCGGAGAUCGGGGAGAAGCAGGACACGGAGCUCCAGGAGAAAGAGGCCCCGACGCAGGUAUACCAGAAAGACAGGCAAGAUGCCGACCGAGCCCUGGGCAAGGUGAACAGGGCGGUCAAUGGGGAGACCCUGAGAACAGGGGGAGAUCACAAAGCCCUCCUGCACUUGGGCCUCUCCUCUCCUGGGAAGGAGAGACAUGAAGCUGACAAGGAAGCUUCUUUGGUUAAGCAAACAUUAGCCAAAAUUCAGCACCCGGAGCCAACGGAACAGGCACAGUGGGUACCUACUAAAUUAUCUUCCAAAAAUGCAUUGGGUCCGGUAGAGAGAAGUAGGGAGGAAUCCCUUAGACAGGAGUCACAGCCUCAUGAAAAAAUCCCAGGACAUUGUGCAAGCAAAGGAGAGAGGGCGAUGCCAAGUGAGGGCAAGCGCAGAAAAGCCGACGAGCUUCUGAAAGGCCACCCUCCCAAGGGAGGGGACAAGAAGGACUCCUCCAAGCCCUUAGUGCGACAAGGAAGCUUCACCAUCGAGAAGCCCAGCCCGAACGUCCCCAUCGAACUGAUCCCCCACAUCAACAAGCAGACGUCAGCGACACCCCCUUCCUUAGCGUUGGCAUCCGCCAGUAGGCUACGCGACAGGAGUGACUCCAUGGACGCCGACUCCAGUCUGGACACCACCCUCAUUCUGAAAGACACAGAAGCCGUCAUGGCUUUUCUAGAAGCGAAACUGCGAGAAGAUAAUAAAACUGAUGAAGGCCCAGAGACCCCCAGUUAUAAUAGAGACAACUCGAUCUCCCCGGAAUCGGAUGUGGACACAGCCAGUACCAUCAGCCUGGUCACUGGAGAGACGGAGAGGAAGUCAACCCAAAAGCGAAAGAGUUUCACCAGCCUCUACAAAGACAGGUGUUCCUCGGGGUCUCCGUCCAAGGAUGUUGCCAAGUCCUCUUGUGGUGCUAGGGAGAAGGUGGAGAAGAAAACUAAAAGUCGCUCCACGGAUGUCGGGUUGAGAGCAGAUGGGCGGAAAUUUGUCCAGUCCAGUGGGCGCAUGAGACAGCCUUCGGUAGACUUGACAGACGAUGACCAGACCUCCAGUGUACCUCAUUCUGCCAUCUCUGACAUUCUGUCAUCUGAUCAGGAAACUUACUCUUGUAAACCCCAUGGGAGGACUCCACUUACCUCAACUGAUGAGCAUGCACAUUCCAAGCUGGAGGGAAGCAAGGGGACCAAGUCCAAGACGUCCCCAGUGGCCCCCGGCUCGGCCAGUAAGUCCACCACCCUCCCCAGGCCGCGGCCCACCAGGACUUCCCUCUUGCGCCGAGCACGACUUGGGGAAGCUUCAGACAGUGAACUUGCCGAUGCUGACAAAGCCUCUGUUGCUUCUGAAGUGUCCACAACAAGUUCAACGUCCAAACCCCCCACGGGAAGGCGGAACAUCUCGAGGAUUGAUUUGUUGGCUCAGCCUCGGAGAACGAGGCUCGGCUCACUGUCGGCUCGCAGCGACUCGGAGGCGACCAUCUCCAGGGGUAGUGCCUCUUCAAGGACCGCAGAAGCCAUCAUUCGAAGUGGAGCCAGACUAGUACCGUCGGAUAAAUUUUCUCCUAGAAUUCGAGCCAACAGCAUCUCGAGGCUCUCAGACUCCAAGGUCAAAAGUAUGACCUCAACACAUGGCUCACCUUCAGUAAAUUCAAGAUGGAGGCGCUUUCCCACUGAUUAUGCUUCCACCUCAGAAGAUGAAUUUGGAUCAAACCGUAACUCCCCUAAACAUACCCGUCUACGUACUUCUCCAGCCCUGAAAACCACACGAUUGCAGAGCUCUGGGUCCGCCAUGCCUACAAGUUCUUCGUUCAAGCACCGGAUCAAAGAGCAGGAAGACUACAUCCGAGACUGGACUGCUCACCGAGAGGAGAUCGCCAGGAUCAGCCAAGACCUUGCUCUCAUUGCUCGGGAAAUCAACGACGUAGCCGGCGAGAUAGACUCGGUGACGUCCUCGGGCACUGCCCCUAGUACCACAGUAAGCACUGCCGCCACCACCCCUGGCUCUGCCAUAGACACUAGAGAAGAGUUGGUUGAUCGAGUUUUUGAUGAAAGCCUCAACUUCCGAAAGAUCCCGCCAUUGGUUAAUUCUAAAACACCGGAAGGGAACAACUGUCGGGCUAACGAUUCAAGGCCUCAACCGCCAGAGCCUCCUGAUCACUUAACAAUCACGAGGCGGAGGACCUGGAGCAGAGAUGAGGUCAUGGGAGAUAACUUGCUGCUCUCGUCCGUCUUCCAGUUCUCCAGGAAGAUCCGACAGUCCAUAGACAAAACAGCCGGGAAGAUCAGAAUAUUAUUUAAAGAUAAAGAUCGGAAUUGGGAUGAAAUAGAAAGCAAGCUAAGAGCUGAAAGUGAAGUUCCCAUUGUGAAAACCUCAAGCAUGGAGAUUUCUUCCAUCUUACAGGAGCUGAAAAGAGUUGAAAAACAGCUGCAAGCGAUCAAUGCUAUGAUUGACCCGGAUGGAACCCUGGAGGCUCUGAACAACAUGGGCUUUCCCAAUGCCCUCUUGCCGUCUCCCCCCAAACAGAAGUCCAGCCCCGUCAACAACCACAGCAGCCCAGGGCAGACCCCGUCCCUUUGCCCGGCCGACGCGAGGGUUCUUCAUCCUGCCGCCAUCUCAAGUUCAGCUGAGUUUGAGAACACGGAGUCGGAAGCUGACUUCAGCAUCCACUUCAACAGGUUCAACCCCGACGGGGAGGAGGAGGAGGUGCCGGUGCCGGAGUGACUCUCUGGGAAGCAGGCACCUGGGGAAAGACUAGGAACAUUGGAAGCAGCAUAGCGUUGACUUGCACAAAACAAGACAGCUUGGUCAAGUACAAUCUGGCUAUCUCUGGCUUUUUAAUUUUAUUUAUUUAUUUCCUCCUAUAAUGUGGCACCAUAUCCAUCCUUUCAAACCCCCGGGGAGCCACUCGGUGCACGUGUAGGAAAAGCACAUCGUGGCAAUGUCACCUUUCGUGGUUUCAUGAUUUUCGAACUGAACGAUAUCAUUGCAUCCUCUCCCUUCACAGAUCUUUGUUGUUGGUUAGGUUUUUUUUUAAGCCACGCUGUGACCUACAAGCAACCUAAAUACCUACCAUUUCUGACCCCCGUGCCCUCUGUGCCCAGCUGCUCCCCAAAAUGGACUUUCUCUCCAUCUGUACAGAUUUGUUACACACUUAUAUUUGCUUCUUAAUAACAGGAUUUAUAUUAGCACUCAUGACCAUUGGAUACAGUGACACCUAACUGUCCACAGUCCAACUGACCUUUCACAAGUCGUUCUUGUGUUCUGAAAUUUUCCAACAUGUAUGUGAUUCAUGUAACUCCGUAGCGACAUAAAUUGCCUUGGGGCUUACGGAGAUGAACUAUUAUGUUUGCACUAAGAUUCGCUGGGAGUGGUAGGUGGACAUAUCUAUAUAUCAGUCAGUUCUAACCGCCUUUUGUACAUAGGAGACUGAUGAGACUGUAUUUGUUCUAACCCACAGCAUUUUACUCCACUUGCAAAGAGAUGAAUUUGGCACUUUUUUCAAUAUUCUUUUUUUUUAAUGGAAGUAAGAGUUUGUCUCUCAUUUUAAGGCAAAUGAUAAUUAGAAAGAUUAAACUAGACAGAUAGUUUAGGUGGAGUAUAUUUUUAAAACUAAGAACAUGUAUAUUGGUCCGGUGUUACCAAGUUUAUAUGUGACAGUUGGAAAAAAAAUCCCCUUGCAACGAUCAUGCAGUGAAAAUUUUCUUCAUUAGGAGACCUGGAGAACCAGUAGCCAUGAGAUUAGUUGAUAGUUUCACCCCCAAGCAAUGAAUUGCUUGUGUGAUUCCCUGUAGGACCCCGUAGUGAACCCUGUGUGUCUGUCUUACUCAUUUAUAAGGACCCUGCAAGGCGACAUGACAAAGGCGUGGGCCUGUGUUACUAACCAGGAAGCCUAUGAAAAAUAUCUCCUAUUAACUUCUUCCUUUCUCUUUCCAGUAAGGUCACGUUUGGGUAAGUUGAAAAAGAAAGCAAUUAUCUUCAUGUUUCCAGAACACUAUAAUUUGGGUGAAUCUAAUUCAUGUAUUAUUAGCAGACUUGGAGUUUUCCCUUGACCCCACCAGUCUAUAAAGAUUAAAGUACAACCUUUGCAAAUGUAUGAAAUGGUCUUUAAUAUUGCAGCAAUAAUCCCGUGCUACAUUUGUUUUAAGAAACAAACUGUGUACACUUCAGAAGUUUACAGGAUUUGACAAAUCCUGUACCAUUGGGCCACUUAAUAAAGACGCAAAAAAAAAUUUUUUUUUUUUGGUAGAGAUGUACAAAAAAGAUCUGCGGUGUAAUGGAUCUCAUAUUUUUCUUUAAUUUUUCUUAAAAGGGUAAAUGAACUGUUCUCCUAAUGAAGCUAAGUUACCCAUGCUAAUAAAGGAAACUGAAAAAAGUUUUUAAAGAACAUGAUUGGAAAGAUACAAGUGCUUUGAAGGAAUAAAUGAAACAUUAAAACAGGGUCAGUCCAUUUGAA